CUUAACAAAACUAGACGUAUAAUUUGGUUGAUAUAUGUUAAUCAAAGCCGCGGCCUGCUGAUAAUAAGGCGAUAGCAUUCAGUUGUGUUUGAAACGAGCCAGACGCGACAUGUUGCUCGACUUCAACAAAAUAUUAUAAAAUAUAUAAAACAAUUUGGUAAACAUGUCAUUUCUUACUAGAAGGUGUUUGAUUAAUGUGAAAAACAUAAAUAGAAGCCGCCACACGUGGAUAUUGUUGCAAAACGCGAAACAUUGCUCGUCACACAGAACAACUAACCAGCUUUUAAAGAAUAAUUUUAUAGAAAAUUACUCCAAAUGGAAAUGUUUUCACACAAGUCAAACUGUCAAUAAAAUUGUAGCUUUCAAGCUUUCCGAUAUAGGUGAAGGCAUUCGCGAAGUCGUCAUCAAAGAAUGGUUUGUUAAGGUUGGUGACAAGGUCCAACAGUUUGACAACAUCUGCGAGGUCCAAAGUGACAAGGCAGCAGUGACCAUCACCAGCCGAUACGAUGGUGUGGUUACUAAACUGUACCAUAGCGUAGACCAGAUAGCUCUGGUAGGACAACCACUCGUGGAUAUAAAUGUCGAGGGUACUGAAGAAGCUACACCAGAACCUGAAGUAACAAAAUCACACGAAGCGCCACGUGCCGAAAACACUCAAAGAGUCAAAGUAUUAACAACUCCAGCAGUAAGGAGGAUAGCUGCUCAAUUUAAAGUAGACUUAAAUGCUGUUAAACCAACUGGCAGAAAUGGAAGAAUACUUAAAGAAGAUAUGUUAGCACAUUUAAAUAUAAGCGCGGAUAAAUCAAAUGAAAUUCCAGACCUGACUUCCAUAAAAGCAGUAGAGAUACCCAUAACAAAAGCGCAAGCUACAGUUGAAGUUGUGUUAGAAGACCAAAUUAAGCCUGUAACUGGAUUUACUAGAGCAAUGGUCAAAUCGAUGACUGAAGCAAUGAAAAUACCCCACUUCGUAUUGAGUGAUGAAUAUAAUGUGACAAAAUUAGUUGAAACAAGAAAUAUUUUAAAGGAUUUGGCAAAGGAGCGAGGUGUUAAGUUGACGUACAUGCCAUUGAUCAUCAAAGCAGCUUCAUUGGGCUUAAGUCAUUUGCCAAUUUUAAAUAGUAGUCUCGAUAGUAAUUGUGAAAAUAUUAUCUAUAAAGCAAGUCAUAACAUUGGGGUCGCCAUGGACACACCCAAUGGGCUAGUCGUACCUGUUAUCAAGAAUGUCCAAAAUAAAUCUAUAUUAGAAAUAGCACGAGAAUUAAACGAGCUUCAAGAAAAAGGUUCAAAAGGGCAACUCGGGCUCAACGAUUUAAGCGGUGGAACAUUUACAAUUUCCAACAUUGGAAUUGUUGGAGGGACAUAUACGAAACCUGUAAUAUUUCCACCUCAAGUAUCUAUAGGAGCCUUGGGAAAAAUACAGGUUCUCCCUCGAUUUGAUUCCGAAGGCAAUGUGGUGAAGGCCCACAUUUUGACUGUGAGCUGGUCCGCCGAUCACCGGGUAGUGGAUGGUGUCACCAUGGCACGUUACUCCAAUUACAUGAAGCAAUAUUUAGAAAAUCCUUCCACUUUAAUUUUGGAAUUAUAAAGACUUUGAAAAUAACUUAUCCAAAGUAUUUGUUUUGUUAAUAAUAAAAGAUCAUAAAAAUAUAUUACUUAUACUCA